AUGCCCGCCAGAUUAGAGGCACCGGUCCUGACCGUCGACGUGGGUCUUAUCCACAAGGUCGACACCCGCAAUGUUGAGAAUCUCUUCAGCAUGUGGUCAGGUGAGCAUCGCUCUGAGAACGUGCCCGUUUCGCGUCCCUAUACUAACACCACAUACCCAGUCUUCUCCAGAUGCUCAGAAUCAUUAGAGCAAGGACGCCGAUUAGAAAACCUCAGCUGGAGGUUAUGGAACCGCGAGACCUUCUGCUGCGACCCAGUUUCACAGGCCAACGCGACCACCCCCUCCAUCUCCCGUCCCGCAAGAAGUUCAGCCCGCUCCGAAUCCUCAGAUCUCCCCAGUCUCUCAGGCAGCCUCGACUCAUUAGCCGACGAAGAGGCGAUCGAAUUCGAUACGGAGAGCAGCCCAGAAUCAAACCCCGCCGCCCUCGAUAUCCCCACCUUCCAACCCCAAGGCCUGGAUUCCGCCAACAGCAGGAGUCGCGGCCGUGAGAGGCAUAUUACCCCGGAUGAUCUCAAGAAGAUGAUGAUCAGCAUCAAGGAGGAAAAGGUCCUGGAACCACUCGCCGCAAGCGUCCAUUCAUACCUGGCUGCUCCUGUCGCGAAGGUCCUAGCCCAACAGCAGCCGGCAGCAUCCACGCUGUCAAGUGCCGCUCCGGCGGUAGAAAGCGGGUCCCUGACAUCGGAUUCGUGUUCCGGCCACUCUUCGCCACCUACUCUCGACUCAGCCAGUGGCACCUCUGAACGGAGCACUACCAGCAUUGUCAGGGGUUUCUCACCUUCACAUGUUAGCUCCUCGUUUAGAUCUGUUCCCCUUCCUGCGGCGGCGUCCACUCCAGUAACCGACAUCGCCCCUGCUACGCCUUCAAAAGGACGACUAUCGAAGAAGCCCGGCAUGUUCUCACUAGGAGGAUCAUCGGCUGAGGACUCGCUGAGUGAACAGGCCAACUCAUUAGAAACCCAUGUCCAGCUGCCACCAAAGAAGAAGGCCGCGAUGUUCUCCUUCGGCGGAUCAUCCAACGAAGAUGAGAGCUCAUUACCACAGAACAUGACGAAAGGCCCAUUGCCCAACGCCCACAAGAAGCAGGCAUCGUUCAAGGAGAGUGUUGCGACCAAGACCAUCCAGGAGGAACAGGCCGUGGACGACGACGUCUUCGAGACCGACGAUGAGGACGACAUUGAUGAGAGCGCCAUCGAUGAUGAUGACGAUUCAUCUGACUGGGAGGACUCUGUUGAGGAUAGUGGAAACCCAAGUAUUGAUGAGAAGACCUUCUUCCAGCGAGUGGACUCCAGACCAAACCUGACAUCGCGCCGUUCUCUCAUCACCACCAUGCUCCACCAAAACGACAGGGCCAACGCGCUUGCUCAGGCGGCCGCAAAUUCACAAUCAACACCUGCCUUCCAGAGAUCCCGAACAACCUCUCCCAACGGCCCAUCCCUAGCUGCGUCUCCAGAUUCUGACGACCAAGGCCUGAUGAUGAUGAAGAAGGGGCUAAAACCCAUCCCAGAGGUCCCUCGAUCAACAGCACAGCCAAUUAACAGGCCCACACCCGCAAUGGCUCCCCAGCAAGCUCUCUCGCCCCGAACAACCCGUCGCAAGAUGAUCAAUGACGAGCUUACUGUCAGCCUCCGCCAGCAUUUGGUUUGGGAACAUCGACAGAAGUCACAAACUGCCAACGCCGUCCUCCAACGCCGACACACCACACAGGACGUCGCGAACCUCAAGCAGUACCCGGACAAGCUCUAUAUGCACACCAAAGAAGGCGAUGCAGUCAACGCGAGCUGGAACCAAUAUUUCGGCAACGGAUUGGGCGAAUACCAUUCCAAGGGAUGGUAG